UGUAUGACCAAUUGAGAGGUGAAUGCUCUUAGUGGGUUUGAAUCAUAUAUGUAUACACACUUUUUUCCUUGAAAUUUUCCUCACAACGUGAGGUAGACAAUUAUAUUGGUCUUUUAUAUGUUGCUAAUCUUUUUAAUUGUAACCUUUCUUUUGAUCAUUAAUUGUGAGGGGGGAAAAGUUCAUUUUCUAGGGGAUCUGUGAAAACAUGUAAGUGACAGUAGCUUAAUCUUUAACCCAGGAACUUAAAUUACUUGAAGAAUGAGCUCUAUUUCAUUACUUGCAAGCUUCUCUGAAAGGCUUUAAAGACAGUGGUUUUUGAGAAGUCAGUCUGGUAGUUCCCUUGAAUUUGAGACAGAUGAAAGGCUUUAAAGAGGAGAAAAAGUGGUCAUAUAAUCAUAUGGAUUUCACGAGAGUGGAUGACAGGACCUGGAGGUAGGAGGAGAACAAGUGCAACGUACGAUUAACUGGUAAUUACUCAUCUUUCUUAAUCUGAUGGCCACCCCUAAACCAAACUGUUAGGAGUCCUGACCCAGUCCUUCUACAACUGUGAGAUGGUGCUACAGUGACCUAUCACUUUGUCCUUUGGAUGUUUCUUAGUGAGGCUUGGAUGGGUCCAGCUGCUGGGCUGGUUUAAUUCUUUCCCCAAAAGAAUAUGUCGUAACCAUGGUGAUGGGAAAUAUUGUUGGCACCUCAGUUGGCAGCACAGCAUUUGACUACCUCAAAGAGCUUAGCAAUCACAAAUAACUCCUGCAGGAGCUCCCUAGAGCCACUGAGCAGGCACAAUGAUAGCAGCUGAGCUUCAAGGUAAAUAAACGUAAGAUAUUGCAUCUAGGGAAAAAUAAUUGAAAAUGCAAGAUACCUUAGAAGAGAAUCUGUCUGAUGCGUGUUUGCAUUUGGAGGUUCAACCCCUUCCAUCUAGGACAAAAGAAGUGGUCCCACCCUCAGGCAGUGCAGGUUGUUUGGGGUAGAGACUGUUGUUCGCCUGUGCCCUGAGCCCUGCAUUUUGUGGCCACGUAUCCAAAGCGCUCCUGUCACCUAUAGAAACAGGUGAGCUACCAGCGGAGAUGGCCCAGCAGUCAGUAUGGGAGGUCGUAGGAGCCAGGAUGUGGUGGCUGGAGGGGACCCGUGGUGCCAUGCGUGGUGAGAGAGCUCCGGGAACCAGGGUUCCACGCAGGUGCUGGAGGUGGCCGGGCUCCGUCUGAUGUCACAAAGCGGCGGUGGCAUCGUCUCCCAGGGACAGAAGGGCUGUGGCAGCUUCCGUGCACGCACUGAUGCUUGAGGGCCGAGGCAGGACCCCUGCCACCAUGCAGGACCAGAAGACAGACAUCAACCAGCAGAUCCAGGAGCUGCGCACCAUCAUCUCCUUACAAGAGCAAGGGAAGAAGCUUUUUGUGCAGUCAGCAGAGGAGAAGCUCAGUGAGAACAGAGACCUGCUACCCUGCCUGCGUGGGACUGUGCGGGAUGACAUCUGUGCCCUAGGCAUUGCUGAGAAGCAGGACCAGGUCAUCAUCUCUGAAGCUUGCAGAGCACAGAAGCACUUGGGCAUCGUUUUGGCCAGAGGCACAGCAGAGAAGCUCCAGAAUGACAUCUUUGACCGGGUGAACGUGUGCAACAUGCUGCUGUAUGAGUUGAGGCAACGGGACAGAGCCCUGGACGAGCUGCAGAGGCAGCUGCAGCAUCUGAUGGAGGCAGAAACUGGUGACCAACAGCACCAGGCCCAGAUGCAGGUGAUUCGCCAGCUGGAGAAUAACACUGAGAAAACACUUAUGAAAGUCCGCACUGGCCAGAAGGUCACCACACUGUACCUGGCGGUGAGGGACAUCCUGAGGAAGGAGCUGGCCCACCUGCCUGUGCAGCUGGAUGUCCUGAAUGGGAUGGUCGAGGUGUGCCAGGGGGAGCUGAAAGGCAUGGAGCUCAUGGCCUUCGAUGCCUUCAAAGCCACUGAUGCAGCCAAGGGGGACCUGGCCAACCUGGAAACUCAGUUCCUUAUGGAGAGAAACCUCAGGGACCGUUCCCUGGCUGCCCAAAAGGAGCGAAUCGACAGAAUCCGCUUCAAGGAUGCAAGUGAAAGGCACAGAAGAGCGCAAGCCAAGGGUGAACUUGCUGUGGACUUCGCACCCCUGAUGUCCCAGGAGUCGCUGCUGGGUGCCAAACUGGAGGCUACCAAAUCCCGAAUCGAACAUCAGGCCCGGGUGACAUCGGAGGUGGAGAAGGUCAAGUCUGCGGUGCAGUGCUCCCGUCUCUGGGACAUUGCUGGGAGGCUUCUGGCUCAGCAGAAGUCCACGGUAGACCUGCAGCAGCAUAUCAAGGAGUGUGAAGAGAAGAAGAAGCUAUUGAAAGACAAGUUGAAGGAGCUGGAGCUGAAACAGGCUGAGCUGAAGUUUCACCAGCCCCCAAGUGAAAUCAGCUCUAGGAAGCUUGAGGAAGAGCUGAAGAUCUGUCUGCAGCAGGAAGAGGCCCGUCUUGAACAGAUGCAAGCCCAGAUGCUGAAGAACCAGGAGCUCCUGCUAAUGUUUGAAAAUGGCAUUGAUAACCUCUUCAUUCGCCUGUAUGGCAUCACUGUGCCUGACCAGGAUGUUUCUGUUGAGGCCAAGGACAGAGAUGAGAAGCUGCAGCACUGUGAGAAGAAGCUGCUGUACUUGGCACAGCUUGUGACCAACCUGCCUGCCCAGUACAGCCUGGAUGAGGACAACGAGACUUUUGUGAAGGUCAGGAAUUUUCUGGAGCAAACUACCAAGGAUGAGCCGCAGAACCUGAAGAUUUCUCUGGAGGAUGAAGGCGGUGGUGUUCAAGAUGCCUUUGAUUUUGCUGAAAAAGACCAUGGCCAUGUUCUCACCCGGGAAGAAAUCAAGAAGCAGGGGCUGCGCUUCAUUGAAAGCAAGAUGAAAAGUGGCAAGAAGAAGCAGCAGUCAUUCCCCAAAAGCUUUUGACACCCCAGCCAACCCACUGUUUUUUUUCCCCCAGAGACAAUAGAGCAGAUCUCUUUCUAUUCCAAGCCCAUGCAGAA